AUGGCCGCGGCCGCGGAGCAGCCCACACACACGGGCGGAGUGAAACGAAGAGGGAAGGCCCAGUACGUGCAAGCUAAGAGAGCCCGGCGCGGCGGUGGCGGCGGCGGCCCGAGGCAGCUGGAGCCCGGACUUCAGGGUAUCCUCAUUACUUGCAACAUGAACGAGCGCAAGUGUGUGGAGGAGGCCUAUAGCCUCCUCAACGAGUACGGGGACGACCUAUACGGGCCCGAGAAGUUUGUAGACAAGGAUAAGCAACCAUCUGGAAGUGAGGAGGAAGAGGAAGAUGAUGCAGAAGCUGCCUUGAAGAAAGAAGUCAGUGAGAUUCAGGCAUCUACAGAAUUGAGAUUAAGACGAUUUCAGUCAGUGGAAAGUGGAGCAAAUAACGUGGUCUUCAUUAGAACACUUGGCAUAGAACCUGAGAAACUUGUACAUCACAUUCUAAAGGAUAUGUACACAACCAAGAAGAAGAAAACACGGGUUAUUUUGCGUAUGUUGCCCAUAUCUGGCACAUGCAAAGCUUUCUUAGAAGAUAUGAAAAAAUAUGCUGAAACCUUCUUGGAACCUUGGUUUAAAGCACCAAAUAAAGGCACGUUCCAGAUUAUUUACAAAGCACGAAAUAAUAGUCACAUGAGCAGAGAAGAAGUUAUUAAAGAACUAGCAGGAAUAGUGGGCUGCCUCAAUCCUGAAAAUAAGGUAGAUCUCAGUAAUCCCCAGUAUACCAUUGUGGUGGAAAUCAUUAAGGCUGUCUGCUGUCUGAGUGUUGUCAAAGAUUACAUGUUGUUCAGAAAAUAUAACCUUCAGGAAGUGGUCAAGAGUAACAGAGAGGGGUCUCAACCAAACACUGGCCAGGACUCACAAGUAAAAAAUGGGAAGAAAGCAAAAUUGGAGUUGGAAAACACAGACAAGGAGAAUCUCAAGUCAAAUGAAAGUGACUCUGCAGAAGACAAAAAUAAUCCCCAGGUAGUAGUAGACAGUAGCAAAGAGGAGGAGCCACAGAAUCCACUUUCUGAGACUCAGAUGGAAAGUGAGAAAGGAGUCAAAUCUGAAAAUGGAAGCCAAGUUAUAGAAGGUUCUAAAUCAAAAGAAAGUGACCCAGUCUUAGAGAAAAACUAAUCAGUCAAGGCAGGAAAUAGUAAGAGAAUUCCAAAGAUGGGCACAAAAUAAGCUAUCCAAGUUGAGAAUGUUAUUUUUUUGCAUAAAUAAAACUGGCACUGGAGGCAAAUUUAAUCUGAAGUUUAUCAAAGUUAUGGAAGUAUUAGAAAUACAAUGCUAUUUUUCAUUAGCAGCUCCAUUGGUUGAAUCAGUUGUGGACAGAAUAGUGGCCAUCUUUCCUCCUCCUGGGAGUGAUGAAUUGGUUAAAUUGCUUACUUUACCAUGGAAAGCAGUUUUUCAUCAUCUAAAAUGGAAACAGUUUGGGGAGUUUUGGGACCAUUGCUUAGAGACAGGAAGGUUAAAUGUAUUGGAACUUUUUAUAUUAUGAGCAAGGUUUAACCUACAAGUUGUUAGAUUCUUAGGAUGUUUGCUUUUCCAGGAUUUUUGUGUAAUAACUUAGAGGAAAAAUUUUUUGCAUUAUUAGCAGUAUCAUUUAGGGAAAUGGGGGGAAAAUGCUUUUUAUAUAAAAUUCGAGUUGGUGCCCUGCUUCAAGAAAGAAGUUACUUUUAUGGUGUAGAAGCAGUGAGACUCAGAAUUCCUAAGAAUUUGUUAAAAGCAUUCGAGCAGAUAAGGAUGGCCACAUUUAUCUAAAAUCUACUUUGUCUAUUAUAUAAUGCCAUAAAGUUGAAUCCCCUUUUACUUGUUAAUUUUGAGAGCUCCAGAAAAUAAUUUUUUUUAUUUUCAAGAGACUGACCUUCUUUCAUAUUUAUUUCUGUGGUUUUGAUAAUAUUUGAAUGCAACAUAUUGUUCAUGAGCAACUCUUCUCCCAAGUCACUUGUUACUGCAUCAAGCUUUGUGAUAAACUGAAUUAGUUCUUUUGAAGUUUUGUUUUCGUUUUAUAAACUGUUUUUUCAUACUGACAUUUCAGUUUUAAAUGUCAAAAUUCCAUGGUGCAAAUUGAUUGGUUCUUUCAGCUAAUUGGUAAGCUCACAUUAUCUUACCAUGUAGAGAAGAGGGUAAAUUACUCUUUGUGUGUCUUGGCAGUGUUUCAUUAAUACUAAUUUUGACUAUAAUUUUUAAAUGUUCCAAAGGCAUGAUUCUUUUCCUUAUCAUUUUAAUUAAAUACUUGACUGUAAUCCAUAGCAAGAUACUUUUGGUUUUUCAUUGUUAUUGAAACUUUUUCAGAAAUGGAAAAAUAAAUCUCCCCUACAGAAA